CCGAAACCUCUCUGUAGACAAGAGGUUUUUAAUUUUAUUUUAUAGAUUUUACAAAAUCGGUUCGCCGCCACAGGACGGCCUUUCUCCGACGACGAAGGCUAGACGAUCAGCUCCGGUAGAGAUUAUUGUACGGGCGAAGACGAUGGACUCUUCCGUCGCUGCGCUUCCUCACCGACGUUCGCAUCUCCCGACUCGAAGUUUUCGCUCUGUGCUUGAUCACCUCUGCUCGAGUUUCGAAAACAAUAACCAAAUAUCUCUCGCCACACCGGAUGUUCUUCGGGAGCUGGUCGCUACAACAGAGACCGCUCAAGUGUCUCCGGGAGAAGCUUGCGAGCCUGGUGGUGAAAUGCUGACGACUGAGAGUUUAUCGAUCCUCGAGCCAAGAUCCGAUGGAGUUUCAAGGACUGAGAACGUGGAAACGGUUUCGCUGGAGAAUAGUUUGAUGCUUGGAGAUGUUUUCGACGGAAUCGACUUGCAAGAUGCAUCUGUUCGUAGCCAGCACAAGGAUUUUUUCGACGAGUUUGAGCUGAUUAUCAAUGCAAGUGGAGACUUUGCUCAGGAGAGUUGUGUGGAUCUCUGUGAGGCAUUGGAUGUGAAUGACUAUGGUGAUGAUGAUGGUAUGGCCAAACAAACUAUUGAUCUUGUUCAAAGUGUUGCAGAGGAGGUUCAAGUAGAUUCAGUUGAAGAUGAUGAGAAGAAGGUUUCUGAAGUUGUUAGGACUAAGGGAGAGGAAGUUCCCAGAUUAGUUGAAGUUGUUAGUUCUGGAGUCUUGGAGACUAAUGAUGGAGAGAUGGAACGUGUUACUAGUAGUCAUGUUUUGACUGAUUCUAUUCUUCGGAUGGUUGAAGAUGAGGAUGAUGUCGAAGAAGGAGAGAUAUCUGGGGAUGAUAAUAUGAUGCUUAUAGGAGAUGAUGAUCUACCUGUGGAGAGUCACGAGGAGACGCCUGUGUCACAAGAGGUAUUGGAUAGAAGAGGAGAAGAGACUAUUAGUAAGAGUACUUGUUCUGGUUUUGAGGUAUUGAAUGGUGAAAGUGAAGUCAAGGAGAAUGAUCUAACUUCCAAAAACCAAGAACAGAUGGCUUCUCAAACUUCAAUAAAGAAAAAAUCUGUGCCUUCUAAGGAAGCAAAAGCUAGAAAGAAGGCAAAAGCUCGGAAGAAAAGAGCUCAGGAGCGUAUAGCACUUGGCGUAAAGAAGUUGAAACUCAAACCACCAGUAGCUCCGAAACCAAAACCUAUUAGCUAUUGUCGACACUUUCUCAAGGGACGGUGCCAAGAGGGGAAAAACUGCAAAUUUUCACACGAUACAAUUCCGGAAACCAAAUCUAUGCCUUGCUGCUACUUUGCAACUCAGUCAUGUAUGAAAGGAGAUGAUUGUCCGUACGACCAUGAUCUGUCCAAAUACCCUUGCAACAAUAUCACGAUCAAAGGUUUCUGCCACAGGGGUGAUAAGUGUUUGUUUUCGCACAAGGGUACUCCACAAGCUGCUUCAGAUGCACCGAGUGCAAAUGUAACAAACUCAUCAAGUAGCAUCGCUGCAGCACCUUUCUCGCCUCAGAAAUCAAAUAAACAAACCGUGAGACAGGCCAUAGCCAGAUUACCUGCGAUUCAAGCAAGAGUUUCAAGCUCAGCUGCAUUUUGGAAUCCUUCUAGUCAAUCUAACCAAAAAAACUCAUCUGAUGCAUCAUCAUCUUCGAAGAUCAAUGAACAUGCAACACCUCCACAGAUUCCUCCUUUGAGAAAACCAUCCGUUGCUCCGAAGGGUAUGAGUUUUCUCUCUUUAGACAAAACCACACAAGAGAAGGAGGCCAAACCAUCUCUUGGGUCCAAGCAAAACACAUAUAACUCUGAUAAUCAGAGCUUGAAGCAGCCACAACAGAUAAGCUCUGUUCCUGUGGUGCCUCCAAAAGGAAUCAGUUUCUUACCAUCUGCAUCGGAAGAACCAGCAAGUAGUAGAAACCUCAAGACAACGCCUAACCUACACAUUCAAAGUUCUCUACACUCUGCCAUGAAACUCGCUGCAGAGUUCGAAUCUAGUAAAGUUGAGAGACGCACAAAUGGCCCCGAAGAAGCUGUAAACAACGGAGACGUUACAGUUAACAAGAGUGUAACCAGAAACUCAGGGAACAUAUCGUCCAAGAUUCUCGACUUCUUGUCAAGCUUCAGCCACGGCAAAAACUGAUCUAUAAUUGGUUUCUCUUUGAGAUGAAAGAAAGAAAAAACUAAACUCAGUGUCCAGUGCACUCUGUGCUUUCGUUCCAGCUUAAUUCCAAAAUCAUAAGAUCUUUAUGUUU